GAAAGAUUGCAUCGAAAAGGUGAAUUCGUGAAGUUAAACUUCCUGGCUCGAUUUGGCUUUUGCUUAUAGCCUAAAAAGCCAUAUUCCGCCAUCUUGCGGUCUGAUUUUGUCCUGUUCUCUGCGCUCACCUAGCAUUGUAUCUCUAGCUGCCUGUGGGAAAGACGAAAACGCACGCGGAGAGCAUUGACAUUUCAGAAUGGAAACGUAUCUAAGGAACCCGGUGAAUUGUGAAGAAGACUGGGACGAUCCCGACCAAAAUGACUCUGUUCCCACUACAGUCUAUUCACAUACCUUUACUAAUUCCAGUCGUGAACCACAAAGAUACAGUGCCAAAGCAAACAGUGGCUGGGAUCCGUGGGAAGACAAAAACCCAAGUUUUGCCGCUGCAACCCCCGAAGCAGGUUACGACGAUUUCCGAGGCAGUAGUAACUCUAAAAGAGGGUUUGGCCGGGGUGCGUGGAUGGAAAGAGAGUCCUCAAAUAGCAGAGGCGGGCGUGGGAGGAGAGGAUUUGGUGGGGGCUUCGGCAACAGAAGCACUGACGACCACCGCAGAUUGGAAGAUAGAGAUGGGUCGGACUCGAGUCGAAAUGACGGCGGACAAACAGAAAGAAGUUUUGGCAGAGGUCGGGGAUUUGGUCGGUCAAGGGAUCGGAGUUCAGACUUUGGUGAAAACACCAGGAGCAGAGACUCUAAUGAUUAUCAAAAUAGUGACAGGGGCAGUAGAAGGGAUUUCAAUUUUGGAGGAGGGGGUGAUAGUGACACUAUGGUGGUACCAAGUAGCAAGGUUGGGAAGAUUAUAGGUAAAGGUGGCUCCAAGAUCAAAGAACUUCAGAGUUCCAGUGGUGCUAGGAUCAAAAUUGGUGAAGCAGGAGCACUAGAAACAGAUGUCCAGAUACAUGGGAGCAAAGAGGCAAGGGAUAAAGCUAAAGAAUUGAUAGAAGACCUCUUGUAUGGGGAGAAACCUAGUACAGUCCAAACCCCAGCAAUGCCAGAGAGGCCUAGGAUUGACUGGGGCAAAUUGAGAGAAGACAGAGCAAAGAAUGAGGCAUUAAAGUGGAAAGAUUACCCUCCACUAAAGAAACAAUUUUACAUAGAAGAUCCAGCAGUUGCUAAUAUGUAUCCUGAAGAAGUGGCAGAAAUUAGGAAGAUGAAUAAUAACAUCACUGUAGAAAACUAUAAUGAAAAUGCAGAUGUCAAGAUUCCAAAUCCAAUCAGGACAUUUGAAGAAGCCUUUAGUCACUAUCCUGAAAUAUUGGAUGAAAUAGAAAAGGCAGGAUUUGUGAAACCCUCUCCUAUCCAGUGUCAAGCUUGGCCCAUAGCUUUACAAGGAAUAGAUCUGAUAGGUAUAGCACAGACUGGCACAGGAAAAACCCUGGCUUUUUUACUUCCAGCACUCAUCCAUAUAGAUGGACAGUCAACCCCACGUGUAGAGAGAGGGGGAGCCAAUGUUUUAGUCUUAUCUCCCACCAGAGAAUUGGCAUUGCAGAUAGAAAGUGAGGUUAAGAAGUACAAUUACAGAGGAAUCAAAUGCUGCUGCGUGUAUGGUGGCGGCAACAGAAGGGACCAGAUAGAAAUCGUCAGCAGUGGUGUAGAGAUUAUCAUUGCAACCCCUGGAAGACUCAAUGAUUUGAUUAUGAAUGGCAUCAUUGAUGUCAGAAGUGUCACAUACUUAGUUCUUGAUGAAGCAGACAGGAUGCUUGACAUGGGUUUUGAGCCACAGAUUAUGAAAAUUUUGCUUGAUAUCCGUCCAGACAGACAGACAAUUAUGACAAGUGCCACAUGGCCAGAGGGAGUACGUCGCCUGGCCAACUCCUACCUGAAGGACCCAAUGUUGGUGUUUGUGGGAAGUCUAGAUCUGGCUGCUGUCCACAGUGUUACUCAAAAAGUAGAGAUUUUGGCAGAUGAAGAAAAGAGACCAAGGUUAACAGAGUUUUUGACUCAUGAACUGGGGCCAGAAGAUAAAGUCAUUGUCUUUGUGGGAAAGAAACUUGUAGCUGAUGACAUUUCAAGCGAACUCAGCCUGGAUGGUGUACAUUGUCAGUGCAUCCACGGGGAUAGAGAACAAGAAGACAGAGAGCAGGCCCUGGAAGAUCUGAAGACUGGACAGGUGCAGAUUCUCAUUGCCACUGAUGUGGCCUCCAGAGGACUGGACAUAAUAGAUGUCACACAUGUUUUCAACUAUGAUUUCCCAAGAAAUGUGGAGGAUUAUGUGCACAGAGUUGGUCGUACAGGUAGAGCAGGACGUACAGGCACAUCCAUCACUCUGGUGACCAGGGGAGACUGGCGGCAGGCUCAGGCUCUCAUAGACAUUCUGGUGGAAGCUCAGCAGGAAGUUCCAGAUGAGUUGAUUGAGAUGGCUGAGAGGUUUUCAGCCUGGAAGGAGAGAAAAGAGCGAGAAGAAGGUGGUCGCAGGGGUGGCAGGGGAUAUGGUGGCGGUAUGUUUGGGGGCUCAAAUAGUUUUGGUGGUGGAGGAGGUGGUCAUGGUGGCCGCAGACGAGAAAGAGGAAUCACAAAUCCAUUGUAUGGCAUAGCUUAGUUCUAAGAGGCUGAUGCCUGUGGAAAAGUCAGUAUUAUGGUGCUAUUACAAGAAAAUCAGGGCAUGGACCAAUGAUCUGCUGAAGUUCAGUUUUACACCUAUGAGAUUUCUUUUAUAACAAAAAAUCCUGUAUUUUUUAUGACAAGAAGCAUUAUGUAAGUGAGUUGGGGACGAGAAAAUGUCAAAACGGUGUGGUCAGUUUUCCACUGAAUAGUUCAAACUGCAGCGACAUCUUACAUUUAUCCAACAGCCAUUUAAAAUAUUGUACAUUGUUACUUAAAAUGUUCCAAGUUAUUUCUAGAAGUUAAUAUGAAGAAUGGGAAGCAUGUGGUUUAGAGGUAUUGGAAAAACAUCACAUUCCCAAUCUUUGUAUCAGCGUUACUCAAACAAUUUUGAAAUAAACCAUUUUAAAACUA